AGUGCUAGACUGGAACAGUAUCAAAUCUGACCACCUUCUGGAGAGCUGGGUGCUGCUGUUUCUCCAGCCCUGCCCUCAGCGAGUCACUGCUGAAACCGAGUGGAGCGCAGACAGGCGGACAGCCCGCCGCCCUGCCCCCGCUCUGAGGCUGCGCUUCCCCGGGUUCUGCUGCUGAGACUCCGCGGAUGGUGGAGCGAUGAGUCCCGCGGAUUCCUCCCCACACGCCUGCGCCUGCCUGCGAGACUGCUUGUGGACCAGCGGCCACCUGUUCUUCUCAUGCACCCCAAAGGUGGCUGCCACCCCACGCUGCCAGACUGGCUGUGCCUCAGCUUUGUGACCUCCUUGAGGCUGCUCCCUGGCCACUGCUCCAACUAGACUGAUCACCACCUUCCCCGUCUGCUGGCUGCCUUUCCCCCCCUGCUGCUCUCUCUGUCCAUGGCUGGCCUUCUGGGAUCUGUGUUCCUCCUGGUCCUGCAGACGUAUGCUGCUCCUCCAGAGUUCAUCCAGGUGUGGCCUGGUGCCUCCACCCCAGGACCUGGACACCUGGCUAACGAGACAGUCACGCCUUCCCUGGUGCCUCCCCCGGGCACCAGCAAGCACACCCCCCACAGCAUCAUCAUAGGUGUCCGUAAAGGAGGCACCCGCGCUCUGCUGGAAAUGCUAGACAUUCAUCCAGAAGUAGCGGCGGCAGCUACCGAAGUUCACUUCUUCGACUGGGACGAGAACUACGCUAAGGGUUUGGAGUGGUACCGCGAGCUCAUGCCCUAUUCCUACCCCCACCAGAUCACCAUAGAAAAGACGCCGGGUUAUUUCACCUCCCCCUUAGCUCCGGCACGCAUCCGUGCCAUGAACUCCUCCAUUAGACUCCUACUGAUCCUGCGGGACCCUGCUGAGAGGGUGAUCUCGGACUACACGCAGGUCUACUUCAACCGACUGGAAAACCACAAGCCUGUGCAGGCCAUCGAGAACAUGCUGGUCAGGAACGGUGGUCUGAACACUCGCUACAAGGCCAUUCAGCGCAGUCUCUACGACGUCCACAUACGGAACUGGCUCCUCCACUUCUCCCUGGACCAGAUCCACAUCGUGGACGGAGACACGCUGAUCCACGACCCCUUGCCUGAGCUGCAAAAGGUGGAGCGCUUCCUAGAGUUGCCGCCGCGAAUCAUAGCCUCCAACUUUUACUUCAACCAGACAAAGGGCUUCUACUGCAUCCGCAGCGACGGCAGAGAGCGCUGCCUUCACGAGUCCAAAGGACGUCCUCACCCACCCGUGAACAGCACCGUCCUCCAGCAGCUCCGCUCCUACUUCCGCCAGCACAACCGCAACUUUUUCCGGCUGGUCGGGCGCACUUUUAACUGGCACUAGUGCAGGAAAGGAGUUCGCUGAGCCUGCCAAGCCGGGCUGGCUUCCUUUCCUUUCCGUCCAAGUCCAGUUAGAGGGCUUAAUGACAGCAAUGCUGAGCAGGGGUGCAGAUGGAAGCACUUUACAAACUCCCUCCUUUCCCAGUACAUCUCCUCAAUGCCUUUGAACUCGAGUUCCGAGUCUGUAGAUUAACUUAACUUUGCAGUCAUGAAAUUGUAACGGUUAUGAAAAUAAUUCAUGGGACCCCCUCAAGCAUUGAUCCUCUGUAUUAUGCGCAGGUUCUUGGAGGAAGACUGAGGCAAACAAUUUUGUGAACUCAUUUGAGUAUGUUUUUUUUUUUCUUCUUUGUUUGUUUGAUAUACUUGUACUUGAUAAUAAAUGGUUGCUUUCGAAACUGAA